UUAUUUUUUCACCCAAAACAUUUUUAUCCUUUGCUUCUUUCCAUCAAUCUUUACUGAAAAUGCCAUCUCAAAUACAUGAUUCUCAUACAUCUGUCAAGUUCAAAUGGACGCUUACCGAGUUCUCAAAGCUGGGAUGUAAUCAUGAAUCUGGUCAUUUCGCUCUGGGUAAUUUGAGAUGGAAACUGCACAUAUACCCGAAGGGAGACAAUAACACACAUAGUCACUUUUCACUUUUCCUCAUCCCUGUUGACAAGACCAAAUUGCCGUAUGUGGAGUUCAGUGUUUGCUCCAUUACGAGUCACUCUGGUCACAAGCACAACUUUAAGAAUUUAGUGAAAAAACACCAACUCACACAUGAUCGUAAUAGAGUGGGUUGGUCUGCACUCAUGUCUCUACACGACCUCCAUACCCACUAUGUGCAACACGAUACUCUUACUGUCAUAAUUAAGGUUACUUGUCGGACGAGGGAGGCGAGAGCUUGAUCUGUAUUUCGUAUUUCGAUCAUGGAUACUUGUUGCUUCGCUAGCUACAGCUAUUGAAGCAACUACGCAUGUGAUCGUGAAGUCAGUUUAGGGUACUGUCUCUGUCCUGUACUGCUGUCAUGUUGUUAAUGUUGAGUGCCUAGCUAGUGUUGUUUUUGCGGUUCUCUUCUUUGGGUUUUCAGAUGUUGUUGUACGUCUCUAAUAUGUUUCUGGGUUAUAGUUUCUUGCACCUUCUUUGUGGUAUUUCUUGCCUUGAUAUAAUAAGAUUGUUUCGUUUGUCGAAUAAUACUUGUAAUAUCUUUGAGAUGUUAUAUUGAUUAUGUAGUAAUUACAAGGUGUUUUCCGAUUUCCCCUAA